AUGGACAAAGACCAUCGGAGUUACACGUAUUCACUGGCCAAACGAUAUCAAGCCCGGGAGAAUUUACGGUGUUUAAAGGUAGAGAAUUCAGGAAAAUUAAUAUAAAAGAUUUUGAAUUGAAGCUGAUGAGUUAUUUGGUGGCGACGGUUGUGGCGACAAUAGUCGUCAACGGUAUUCUGACGAGUAUCGUCAAGAACAAUUAUGUGUCGGCGAAUGGCGGCUUCGUGUUGAUGGCCAUCUCCGAGGCGCUUCUCAAUUUGUUGGUUUUUGAGUCAAGAAGGGUUUCAGAACAGACGGGCCGCCCGGGCUUUGGGGCUCAUUUCUCGCGAAAAAACCGCAAAACGUUUCCUAACCCCCGGUUAAACCUUUCAAUGAAACUUUUCUGUUCUUCAGGACCUCCUGAUCCAGAACAGACUCCUGGAAGUCCAAUAGGGGGGCUAAAAAACGACCAGUAACCGGAAUUUUUCAAAGAAACUUUUCACUAGAUAUAUCAUAGUUUCGGUUAAAUUUUGUGUUGAAAAAGAGUCAGAAACGUGUUUUUUGUCGUAAAACAAGCUUCAUGAUUGACGUGAAAAAAUAUGCGCUUUUUAAACUCAGGCUUACCAUUAGAAAUGGCCGGGAGGCUGACCGGUCGGCCCUCGGAAAAACCUGAAGCCAAGUCUACCGGUUCAAAAAAAACUAUUUUGGAUCCAGUCAUAAUUUAUGCUCCAAUAGAAUUUGAAAAUGAAGCAAAAAAAUAAGAAAGUGAAUUUCAAAAAAAGACAGUUUGAAUUUUUCAACCUCUUAUUCACGUACAAAUGUGCUCUAUUGAUACAUUUUUCUUUGAUGUUUUUUUCGAAACGUUUAUUUUUUUAUUUUUUUGUAUCUUGUUCUCAUUUUUUUCUUGAUUUCAGGUAGGCUCGAAAUUUUUUUGAGAAGAUGAAAAAAAGAUAAGGCGUCUAAUUGAGCCAUGAUUUUUUUAUUUUGAAGUUGAUCGAGCUCAUUUUAAUUGCAAGCUAAAGAAUGCCGCCGCGCGCAAGUUGUUUUUUUAGUCGGGUGCGUUGAAAAAAAUCGUCUCAGUGAUCUUGACGAAAUUCUAAAAUUUUUUUUUUCAAAAAAUUUUUUUUCCUGAGUAUUAGUGACAGGUUUAUUCAAAAAAAGUUCUUCUUGGUGAAAAAAAUUUCAUGAAGUAGUUUGUAAGAAUUGAGUCAAUGAUAGCUUGAUUUUGGUAAAAAAAUAAGUUUUUUUAGAAACGCUCUAUGGAUCACCCUGGUGACAAUCAUGUCCAUGCCGGCCUGGAGAUCGGCUUUUCUGCAAUCAGUGCCCUUAUUGAAGAAACUCGGCUCGAUAAAAAAGCCGAACAAAAUCCAUGACAAAAAGAAACAGGAGACUGACCAGUACUUUGAACAAUUGAAAAAGUCUUGGUAG